AUGUCAAAUGUUAUUCGUAAGGAACACAUGAUUCAUGUGAAAGAAUAUAUUUGUAGAUGGGCCUAUGAAUGUGCCAUUCCUUUUCAUGCCUUUGAAAAGGAUAGCUUCAAAAUUAUGUUGGAGGCGGUUGGCCAAUUUGGACGUGGGGCACCACCUCCAACUAGAUAUGAGAUGGGAGAAACAUAUUUAAAGAAAGAAGUAGAAAGAACAAUAAAUUUGUUGACCCCAUACAAAGACGAAUGGAAAUCUAAUGGAUGCUCGAUUAUGACGGACGCAUGGUUCGAUAGAAAGAGAAGGAGCAUCAUGAACUUAUGUGUUAAUUCAAAGAUGGUGACCGUUUUUUUGUCAUCUAAAGAAUCAUCGGAUGAAGCUCACACAAGUGAACACAUACAUGAAUAUGUUGAAAGUUGUAUCAAUGAAGUUGGCCCCGAGAAUGUGGUUCAAAUUGUGACCGACAAUGCAUCAAAUAAUAUGGGAGCGGCCAAGUUCUUAAAGGAAAAAAGACCAACUAUUUUUUGGACAUAUUGUGCAACACAUACCCUCAAUCUUAUGCUUGAAGGUAUUGGCGGGCUACCUAGGUAUAAGAAAAUUCUCAACCAUGCAAAAACACUCACGGUGUUUAUUUAUGAUCAUCAUAAAACUUUGGCCAUGAUGAGACACUUUACCAAGAAAAGAGAUAUUGUGCGACCGGGAGUCACGAGAUUUGCUUCCGCAUUUCUUACUUUGCAAAGUUUGGCCGAUAAAAAGGCCCAACUAAAACAAAUGUUUACAAGCGAUGAAUGGGAAUCAUGUAGACUUAGCAACACCGUUAAAGGGAAAGCCGCAUAUGACACGGUGGUAAAUGCCACAUUUUGGACCGGUGUAGCAUUAUGUUUAAAGGUUUUUGCGCCUUUGGUAAAAGUUCUUCGGAUGGUUGAUGCGGAUCGAAAGCCAUCAAUGGGUUUUGUAUAUGGUGAGAUUCAAAAUGCGAAACAAGAAAUUAUUAAUGCUUUGGGCAACAAUAAAAAAACAUAUGAGCCUAUUAUGGAUAUCAUUUCGAAAAAGAUGAAAGGAAGGCUUGAUACAACCUUACAUUUGACGGCUUACCUUUUAAAUCCGUAUUAUCUUUAUAAGAAUCUGGAGAUCCAAAAUGAUAUUGAUGUGACCGAUGCGCUUGUUGAUUUUGUCGAUACAAUAUAUCCGGUAGAUCAUUCUUUGCAAAACCAUAUCGUGAUGGUUGAGUUGCCGGUUUACAUGGGUAAACAAGAAAAAUUUAGUCGAGAAAUUGCAAUUAAAGGAUGUGAGGUGAACAACGACAAAUUUGAUCCGGCGAAUUGGUGGGUAGCUUAUGGUGCAUCAACUCCACAAUUGAGAAAGAUUGCUACAAGGAUACUUUCUUUAACAACUAGUUCUUCGGGGUGUGAAAGAAAUUGGAGCACUUUUGAAGGGGUACAUACAAAGAAGAGAAAUAGAUUAGAGGCAUCAAAAUUGAACAAUCUUGUUUUUGUUCAAUUUAAUGCAAAUUUGAUGGAAAAUAACAAGAAAAGAAAGACUAAGGAUAUGGAGGUACUUUUAGCAAAAGAUGCAAGUGAGGCUCAAGAAUGGAUUGUCGAAAAUGAUGUAUUGUUGGAUGAAGGUGAGCCCGAUGAAGCUAUCGGUGACGAGGAGUUUCUACAAAAUCGUAGAAGUUCUAGAUUAAGAGAACUUGAUGAGGAAGAAUUUGUGUCGGAUGAUGAAGAAGAACUAAAUGAAGAUGUUGAAUAUGAAUCGGAUGGAGUUAACAUCAACGAACAAAUUGGAGCUACAUUGGAAGAGGAAGAUUAAAUGAUUAAUCUAAAUAAGUAAUAUUAAAGAAUGGUGUCUAUUUUUGAAACUAUUUAACAUUUCAAAAUGUAUCUUUUGUUGAUAUUUCACCUAAUUUUGUAAUGAAUUUCAAUCAAC